AUGCUGGCGCGGCUAAUGCCCAAUAUCGGCGGCCCAAGACAAGAUAGAAGAAAACUCCUGGUCUCAGUGGUAAUAUCUGUACUCACGUACAGCAUAGCCAUCUGGGGCAAUGUCCUGAAGAUCGAAGAAUAUCAAAGGAAGGUGGCGGCAAUCCACCGUCUUAGUGCUCUAAGAGUGGCCUGUGCCUUCCGUACGGUGUCCGACAAUGUUGCGUGUGUCAUUGCAGGAAUGAUACUAAUUAAGGUGAUAGCUAUAAAAAGAAAGCAACUGUACGAGCAGAGAAGUACAAACCCAGAGGAUAAGAAGGAACUGAAAAGGAUCACAAGACAGGAUAGCCUUCAGAGGUGGCAGGAAAAAUGGAACACAUCUGUGAAGGGGAGAUGGACACACCGUCUAAUCCCCAAGGUGGAGAGUUGGAUUAACCGCAAGCAUGGGGAAGUCAACUAUUACCUGACGCAGAUGCUGUCUAACCACGGAUGCUAUAAAGCCUUCCAUAGGUUCAAAUAUGAGGAUAUGCCAGACUGUCCAGCAAAAUGUGGAAUGUCGGAAAUGCAGAACACGCAUUUUUUUAGUGCACAUGUUUUGUAG